AUGGAUUUUAAUUCCAUACUCAAUCAACCUAUUGUUUCCGACGAGUCCUCCAGCGAAGUUAAAGCAGGCCAACUCUCUCGUGGUAGCAGCCAGAUUGCUGCUACCCACUCCCAAUUGGCUAUUACUCGUUCGAUUAGUGCCCUGGAGGCUGAGAGUGCUCAGCAACACAAGCUUAGCCCGAGCGGUCGCUCUCAGAUCGAAAAGCAUGUUAUUAGCCCUCUCCUAGAAACCGAGUCCCUGAAGCUGUUCCACCCUCUUCUUGAGGAUGUCCGCCAGCAGAUUGAUAAUGAGCGUAUCUCCUGCCUGCGUGAUCUUGAGAAGAUGGUGUUCUCUCUCGCUCCUGAUGUCAAGGCUAGCGAUGCCGCUUAUGUUCGCUUCUGCCAGCACACUAUUCUAUGCCUCGGCCAGACAGUUUUCUCCUUGAAUGGUCGCGACCUGUGUUUCCCAAGUGACGAGCAAUAUAAUAACGGCUACUUUGUCAAUCUCUUGGAGGAGGUCACCCGUUUCAAGAGAAUCGGUGACGAAUGGCAAAAGAAGUGCAAAGAUUGCGGCAAGGUCUUUGCUCGUCCUUGCGACCUCACUAGGCACGAAAAGUCACACACUCGCCCGUUUAAAUGCCCAGUUACCUCUUGCAAGUACCGCACCAAGGGAUGGGCUACCGAGAAGGAGGCCGAACGCCACUAUAACGACAAGCACUCUGACUCUCCUCGCCUUUAUUUAUGCCGGUUCGAGUCUUGCUCUUAUAAGUCCAAGAGAGAGAGCAACUGCAAGCAGCACAUGGAAAAAACCCAUGGCUGGGUCUACACUCGCUUAAAGAAUAACGGUAGAACCAAACGUGCCUCCACGAAGCAGAGCCCCACUCCUUCCAUGGAGCAUGACUCCUCCCUCCGAGGCUCCUGA